AUGAAUUGUUGGCGUUUUGGUCGAAGCAAAACUUCAGUGGCUGCAUCAGAAGAGAGUAAAAAAUCAGAAAAUGACUCUUCUGUGCAAAAUGAUCACGAAUUUAACGACUUGCGCAUACCUCUAACAAGGAAACAAAAGUUUGUGCUAAUUAGGAACUGGAAGGGAAUUGAACGUGACGUAACUACCGCUGGCAUCGAAAUGUUCCUCAAAAUGUUGGCAGAUCACCCAGAAUACUACGAGUUAUUCCAGUUUCGGAAUAUUGCUGGAGAAGCUAAGGAGAAUCAAGCAAGUGAUGAACGUUUGAGUGCUCACGGCGCAGCUGUUAUGAAGUUUAUUGGACAAGCUAUUAGUCAAGUUGAAGACGCUGACGCGUUUUUUGCGUUGCUUGAAGCAAAUGGCAUGAGACAUGCACAUAAAAGAUUGUUCAAGCCUGAAAUGUUUUGGGAAAUGGAGCAACCAUUUUUAUACUCAGUUAAAUUAACUCUCGGAGAACGCUAUACUGAUAACAUGGAUGCUGUAUAUAAGACGAUAAUUCAGCUCAUUUUACAACGAAUGGAGCACGCGUGUCGAACAGAAACUAUGAAGAUGCAAAACCAAAAUAUUAGAAUGUAG